GAUACCACAAGCAGCAAAAUGCUGAGUAUCCGACCUUCACCAUCCCCAUUAGCUCCGAGAGACUGGACCCGAACUUGCCGGGAACUGCUCUUCGCCACCAUUAUUCUAAGAUCAUGCGCCACGGGGUCCCUGGGGCCACUGCUUGUGCCGGGCUUUGUGGUGGUAGCGGCAGAUCUCGAUGUCAGCCUGACCAGUGUCACCCUCUUGAAUGGUAGUCUCGUCAUGGCUCUGGGUAUCAGCGCUUAUAUCUGCUCACCUGUUGCCAAUUGCUUUGGCAGACGACCAGUGUACCUAUUCAUCACGCUUCUGGUCCUGGUUUCAUGCUAUUGGGCUGCGGUCGCAAAGUUAUAUCCCUCGUUAAUUGCCUCCCGACUAGGAAAGGGUAGACUCUUCGCCCUCGCCGGAACAUCCUCCGAGUCUUCCACGUGCACGAACGGGGUUUGCGCGUCCGGGGUUCACGGUGCUGUCAUUCCGGGUACUUUGCUUAUCACUUGA